AUGGAUUCGUCGUCGGCGUCGUUUGUAGGCAACAGAUAUUGGAUCCUCCGACAUGGGAAGAGCAUUCCCAACGAGAGAGGCCUCGUCGUCUCUUCAAUGGAAAAUGGUGUGCUCCCAGAGUACCAGUUAGCCCCUGAUGGUGUCGCUCAGGCUCAGCUCGCUGGCCAAUCCUUCCUUAAGCAACUAGAGGAAAGUAACAUAUCACUGGACAAGGUCCGAAUUUGCUACUCCCCUUUCUCUAGAACCACUCACACCGCUAAGGUUGUCGCUCAGGUCCUCAAUCUCCCCUUUGAUUCCCCUCAAUGCAAGAUGAUGGAAACUCUGCGAGAACGCUACUUUGGACCUACAUUUGAACUCAAGUCACAUGACAAGUACCCAGAGAUAUGGGAUCUUGAUGAGAAAGAUCCAUUCAAGGGACCAGACGGAGGUGAAAGCGCUGAUGAUGUUGUAUCUAGACUUACCACUGCCAUGCUAUCCAUGGAAGCAGAAUUUCAAGGCUGUGCGAUUCUGGUGGUGAGCCAUGGAGAUCCUCUUCAGAUGUUGCAGAACAUAAUGCAUUCAGCAAAGCAACAUAAUAGCGGAGGAGGAGGAGAUAGUGGUUUAGGUUUAGCUGAGAGAAUUCAGAUGAGCAGAGUUGCUUCUGUCUUGUCACAGCACCGCAAGUUUGCUUUGCUCACUGGCGAACUCCGACCCCUCGUCUGA